GCAGCCGGGCUGAAGGGGGUCAUCUAGUGAUGCACCGGAGGCGGAGGCAACGAGGAGAGAGUGCCGGUGCCUUCCAGACAAACCGAGGAGUCGCACUUCCCGAGAUCGGACCUAUAUAUUACCGCGACCGUGCGUGAGCGAGUUUUUCACGCGCAAACUUUGACUUUACGCACGUUUUUAAUCCUCCGAAAUCCUAAUCUGUGAGGUUGUUUCACGUCGUCUCCGUUUACGCAAGCAUCUGUCGAUUCUGGACUUUGCGCAGUUUUCAUUGCACAUGCAUCAGCUCCUCCGCGGGAUAAGAGAAUGGCAGGGUGACUGAGCCGGGACAUGCGUCCAUCUGUCUGUGCGCAGCCUGAGUGAGACGUCAGGUGGAACUGUCCUGGGAGCGUCUCUUUUGGCACCGAAUCCUCCAAGAGCUCCGGGCAGGGGGGGAAACAAGUCCAGGUUAAGUCCAACGGGACCACACGGAGAUGCGCCAUCUGGCCACGAAGUUGAACCAAAGACGGCUCCAAAACGCGUAAAACACUCAACUCAGCGGAGUAGGUCGGACUGAACCAUGUGGGAACUGCCGCGGAGUCGUGCGUAAAAAGACGCCUGGCACCUCAACCGGACAGGAAGUGAACUCAUUAUUAUCAAAAACCCACCGUCCCUCAUUUCCAUAUCCGAGUGUGAGUUGUGCUGGACGGCAGCCAAUCGCCCGGCGGAGGGUUAGCGAGGGGGUCGUAAAACAGCAUUAUCCUCCUUCUUCCCUCCGUCAUAAUUACACUGACAUGCGCAAUCUGCGCACGGGCACCAGCGCCAGCCGCCGCUCGCCCAUUUCCCCGACCCCGCGCGCGCGCAACGGUGCCAGUCGCUGCGCGUAGAUGCUUCGGCGAAAAGGGCGAAGGCAGCGAGUCGCCGAGAGACAGAGAGAGAAGCAGCAGCAGCAGCAGCAGCAGCAGCAGCGACGACGACAUGUCCCGCCGCAAGCAAGCCCGACCGCAGCACCUCAGGUCGGACGAGGAGGCGACACGGACCGGACUCAUCCGCACUGAUGGCGUCACGGGAGGCGUGGAGGGAGAGGAGACGGAUGGAGGCUGCCACAGCGGUGAGGACACGCACAUCUGUGACAAAUGCUGUGCGGAGUUCUUCACUUGGACUGAGCUGAGCGAGCAUCAGAAAGUCUGCACUGAGGAUCCCUUGGUGCUGAUAGUGAAGGACAAUGAAGGGAUGUCUGUUCCUGAGGAAUCUCCCGCGGGACCCUCUCCGGUUCCGAGCACUGUGUCCAGUGUCUCGUCCCCAGCGGGAUCCACAGACGCCGGCUUUGAGCUGGGAGAGACGCUGGCGAAUGGCGACAGUCUGGAUCAUUUGGAGGAUGGCAGGGAGCAGGAGGAAGCCAUGGAGCUUGAUCAUCGCCCACAGGAUAAAUACGCCCCAACCUCCGGCCCCCAGCCUCCUGGCUCGGCUCAGUCCACUUCUCCCCAGACGUCGGCAGCUGACAGCUACAGCAUUCCCAGUACAAAUGUGACUCUGGAGAUCCUUCACAGCACCAGAGUGGCCGUAGCCCAGUUCUCCCAGGGGAUCAACUGCACUGGUACGGGAGGGAAGGCGGCUUCGGCAGCCAUCCCGGUGAUCCUGGAGCACCUGCUGGCUCUGCAGCAGCAACAGGUCCACCAGCUGCAGCUCAUUGAGCAGAUCUGCAGCCAGGUAGCCGUCAUGAACAGGCAACCGACGCAAGCUGCGUUAAACCCGAUCUCCAGAUCCCUGUGUCUGGCGCCGAACCCUUUCCCCUCCCAAGGCAUCAUCCGUCCUCCCGUCCUGCCACUGUCAGGAACGAUGCCUUCCAACUGCAAUGGACAGGCUGCGGUUUCUUUGCCGUCUGUGCUUGAAAAGUCACAAAACAUCCCCUUCCAAACUGUGCGUGGGAAGUCCACCUUUAGAGACGUUACGUGUACCUCAGCUUCCUCAGAAAAUUCAACUCCAUCUCUCUCCAGCAGCCGCAGCAUUUCCACAUUUCUGCCUCCUUACACAGGCUCGCACUCUAGCAGCAUGGGCUGUACGCAGACACUGAGCUCUUCCAGCCCACUGUCCCUGGGGCGGAGCAGCCUCCUCAGCCCCUCCUCCAGCCUGCCAUUUCUACCUCAGAGCCCCCCCAGCAGUGUAAUUUUCCCCAAUCCGUUGGCUAGCAUCGCUGCCACAGCUAAUGCACUUGAUCCUCUUGCUGCCCUGAUGAAGCACAGGAAAGGGAAACUGUCUAGCGUCUCCUUGUUUGAAACGAAGCCCGGCCCAGAGGAACCCUUCUUCAAGCAUAAAUGCAGGUUCUGUGCCAAAGUAUUUGGCAGCGACAGCGCUCUGCAGAUCCACCUGCGCUCCCAUACAGGAGAGCGGCCCUUCAAAUGCAACAUCUGCGGCAACCGCUUUUCCACAAAGGGGAACUUAAAGGUGCACUUUCAGAGGCAUAAAGAGAAGUAUCCCCAUGUUCAGAUGAACCCCUACCCGGUGCCAGAAUAUCUAGACAAUGUGCCAACAAGUUCAGGAGUUCCCUAUGGAAUGUCCCUUCCUCCAGAAAAACCCGUCACCUCGUGGCUGGAGAGCAAACCUGUUGUAGCAACUCUGCCAGCCACCAUGGGUCUUCCGCUUUCCUCCACUCUGGCAAACAUCGGCGGCUCAAAUGACCCUGUUAGCGUAACACCAUCCGUUAAGUCUCCCUACCAACCAAAUCUCCAAUCGCCCGGUGAAUGUGUAUCUUUGUCACCUAGCCACAGAGGCGGUGAGGCUCACUUCUCCCCUGUUUCAGAGUCGCCACAGUCUAGCCUUGAGACAGAAGCAUCCAAUGUACUGAAAACGGAGGGAGUACACCUGCCCCAGAGCUUCACCCUGAGGCUGAGGGCCACCCCGGUAACAGAAACAAGCAGCACUGCGAUCCCACGUUUGGCCACCACACCCGAACCGGUCACCUCGGCGUCCCCUGUCCCCAACUCUCCGCCGUUCUCGCUCAACUCCGAUGAAACCAAAUCCCCGACGGGUGGCCUCCUGGAUUCUAUGCAAACGUCUGAAACCUCAAAGCUUCAGCAGCUGGUGGAGAAUAUCGACAAAAAGAUAACGGACCCCAACCAGUGCAUGCUCUGUCACCGUGUCCUCAGCUGUCAGAGUGCGCUGAAGAUGCACUAUCGCAUUCACACCGGGGAGAGGCCCUAUAAAUGCAAAGUGUGCGACCGGGCCUUUACCACCAAAGGCAACCUGAAGACGCACAUUGGCGUCCACAGGGAAAACCCUCCGGUUCAGGUGCAUCACUCGUGUCCCAUUUGCCAGAAGAAGUUCACCAACGCUGUUGUUCUUCAGCAGCAUAUCCGAAUGCACAUGGUCGGGCACAUUUCAGAUUCGGCACUUGUGCACGGGCUUCAGGAGAUGGACGGCGACAUCUCCAUCAACGGGAAGAGCUUUGACAGCCUCAGCAGCAAUGGCAAUGACUUCAUGGAUGACAUUUCAAUGGAGGACGAUAUUGAGGAAGAGGAGGAGGAGGUAGAACUUAUGAAGGAAUAUGUGAGUCCCUCUAAACCCUUGAUCUAUGAUUGUAACACUCCUCCUAACUCAUUCGCCAUUGUUUCAAGUAUAGCAGCUCUGGAGAACCAAAUGAGGAUGAUUGACUCGACCGUAAGCCUGAACCACUCGUUCGGCAUGAAACCCCUGGCCAAUGGAUUUAACGACAGUAGCCAGCUCCACAUUAAAUGUGCUCUAUCGGAGAAAAGGGCAGAGAACUCCAGCGAGAGCAGCCCAACUGUGUCGGAAUCCUCCUGUUCACCUCGUGCAUCCGCGUCUCCCGUUCAGAGCAACUCGGAGAGCGUGACGAUCAACUCGCCUGCGGUGAAAAACAAUAGGCCAGAAGCCCGGGAGCCUUUGGCAGCGUCGGUGAAGAGAGAGCAAUCUGAGUCUCCCACCUCUGCGUCGGCAGCUGCAGCGGCCCAGGAGCGGCGAGGAAUACAACCCGGCAAACUCUGUGUGAAAGAAGAGGCUCCCUACAGUUUGUCUUUCCAGCUGAGCAGAGACAGGGCUGCAGGUCACGGCCUCCCCAGCCUGGUUACCAGCACGGCGUCGGCCAACGUAAAAACUGAGGUGAACGGUCACGGUCAGCAACACCACCACGCGCACGAGGGCCAGCACCCGCCGUUUAGUGUCCACAUCCCUCCGGCUUAUCCGUCAGUCGGCAGCCCGGCGAUGACCUCCCUGCUCGGCCCUGCGCCGCCCCGACGCACGCCGAAGCAGCACAACUGCAACGCCUGCGGGAAGAACUUCUCCUCGGCCAGCGCUCUGCAGAUUCACGAGCGCACACACACCGGCGAGAAACCGUUCGUCUGCUCCAUCUGCGGCAGGGCGUUCACCACUAAAGGCAAUCUGAAGGUUCACAUGGGAACCCACAUGUGGAACAACGCGCCGGCCAGGAGAGGCAGGCGGCUGUCGGUGGAGAACCCCAUGGCCCUGCUGGGCGGAGAGGCCGCGAAGUUCGGGGAGAUGUUUCAGAAGGACCUGGCGGCGCGAGCCAUGAAUGUAGACCCUGGAUUUUGGAACCGCUACGCGACGGCUAUCACCAACAGCCUGGCCAUGAAGAACAACGAGAUCUCCGUGAUCCAGAACAGAGGCAUCUCUCAGCUUCACCCUCUGACUGCUGGCAUGGACAGAGUGAGCAGCGCAGGAAGUCCCAUAACCAGUCUCACCAAGACGGGCAUGGACAGACAUUUCUCCAUGCUGAUUGAUGACAGCAAGGAAAUUGGAAUCAAUUGAAUAAAGACAAACGCUUACUGAAAUACUUAUGCAAACUGUUACGGACGUUAAAAAUAUUUGUAAGACCCCUUGUUUGUUCUUAUGUAUUAUAUAUAUAGACUUAAAAAAAGAACUUUUUAUCAAUUGACAGAGAAUAGUAGGGUAUUCACAUUUUUGCUAUUUUACUUUGCAGUCAUUUGUGAAUGUUUUUUCUAAGCUGUUUUAACGUGUGCCCUGAGAAUUCCUACGGUGCUUAGAUGAAUGGCUGCUCUGAAAGAAGGGAACACGUGUUCAAAUCAAUAAUGCAAAGAGUCUGCUAUCUCCUCCGGACAGCCGCCCCACGCUGCUAGCUGGUGCAAAGCACAAAGUAUGCUCAUAGGUACCCACGGUUACAACACUGCAAUGGUCUGUUGUCAAUGUCAUGGUGAGAAAUUUUCAUUCUUAAACAACAGUUGGACCGAAUAAAAAAACAAGAAAGAAAUAGAACAAACCUGCCUGUAUGUUCACUUUACUUGCUCACUGUUUAAACACUGAAAAUACUGAUCAAUU